GGAACAUCCCGACAUGUUUCUUUUGCAGGAACGUUUCCAGAAGAUGUUAGAAAUACAGGAAAAAUUUGGCGAUGGCAUCAGCAUUGUUACACCGAGUCGGGUGGGUAUCCUUCAUUGUAUGCGAGUAAUAAAAUACUUACAACGUGAACUGGCGAUUGCUGGAACGGGGGAAAAGAUAUUUACACAUAAUUUAGAUGUUGUGUUUUUCCUUUUAGGAAUUUAUAAUGGAAGGUGAAUUGAUUAAGAGAUCCGCACGAAAUGCUCAAAUUAUGACAAGAAUUCUUGUUUUGGUGAGUAAUGUGUCCAGAAAAAUCUUUUAUCGUUUCUUUCCUAUUUUUUCUCAUGUCUGUUAUAUUUCUGUCUGAACUGAAUUAACUUCAUUUAUACUGUUCUCUUUAGAGGAGUGCGCUCAUCCAGUAAGGAUCAUCUCUUAUUCAUCCAGUGUUACUGCAGGAGGAAACCUAAACUAAACUAACUUUAUUUAUACUGGAUAGCUCUAGAUCUAUCAGUUCUAAACUGUUCUCUCUAGAGGUCCAGUAAGAGUAAUCUCUUAUUGAUCCAGUGUUAGUACAGGAGGAAACCUAAACUAAACUAAUUUUAUUUUUACUUGAUAACUGUAUGAGUUAUAAACUGUUCAUCUAGUGUUUAUAUUAGCCACACUAACGCAAGAACUCCCUUUACAAAUGCCAGAACUCCCUCUUCAAACGCCAGAACUCCCUUUUCAAAUGGCAAAACUCCCUUUUCAAAUGUCAGAACUCCCUUUUCAAAUGGCAAAACUCCCUUUUCAAAUGUCAGAACUCCCUUUUCAAAUGUCAGAACUCCCUUUUCAAAUGCCAGAACUCCCUUUUCAAAUGCCAGAACUCCCUUUUCAAAUGGCAAAACUCCCUUUUCAAAUGUCAGAACUCCCUUUUCAAAUGGCAAAACUUGGUUUUCAAAUGCCAGAACUCCCUUUUCAAAUGCCAAAACUCCCGUUUCAAAUGUCAGAACUCCAUUUACAAAUGCCAGAACUCCCUGAAAUGGCAAAACUCCCUUUUCAAAUGUCAGAACUCCCUUUUCAAAUGGCAAAACUUGGUUUUCAAAUGCCAGAACUCCCUUUUCAAAUGGCACCGCAGAACUUGGUUUUCAAACGCCAGAAUUCCGUUUUCAAAGAGACUUUGUCCAAACGUCUUUAAUAAUAUGUGAAUAAUAUUAUAGAGCGUUUGCACAUGACGUCACAGCCGCCAUGUUGGUGUUCCAAUUCAAAAGAGUUUUAGUUAGACUCUUUUGUCUGGAACACAAACAUGGCCGCCAUGGCUUUUGUUGAGUUGGUCCCUAGGGAAUGAGUGCAAACGCUCUAUAGGUGUCUUCUAAUAUAAUUAUGGUCAGUAUCUGAUCUCGCUAAACCCUCCUUUGUUAAUAUUUUAGUUCAACGAUUCAUUAUAUUAUUGCACAAAAGUCCCAGCGACUGGAAAAUACAAAGUUAAGCAGACAGUGGACCUUUUGUCAACGCAUCUGGAAGACCCCGACGACGAGAUAGAGAAUCGUGAUCUUGCGUUUCGAGUUUGCAGCAAGAGCAAAGUGGCCGACUUCCAGGCGACUUCGGUGGAACAGAAAGAGAAAUGGGUGUCGACUCUAACCGAGGCGAUCAAGAAUGCCAUUGAGAGGAACAGCACUUUUGGUCGCGAGGUGAGAGGAGAAUGUUGAUUUAAAUUGGGUGAAGACCUACUUAAAAUGAUCAUGUUUUCUGAUUGGCUAAGUCAGAAACAAAAAUGAUCAUUGUUCGUGGCUCGUUUUCUAGAAAGACGAUUUCUAUAGUUUUAUUGUUUUUCAUUGUUAUAAUCAAUCAACCACGAGCCUGGAUAGUAUAGGUAGACGAUGAAAUUCAGUGUUUCUUCAGUGGGACACUGCUUUACAAGAAAGUCGAAUUAUAUGCCAAUAAAACACAGACACCUCUCUAAUACAGACAUCUCUCUAACCUCUCUAAUAUGGACACCUCUUUAAUACAGACACGUCUCUAAUACGGACACCUCUCUAAUACGGACACCUCUCUAAUACAGACACCUCUCUAAUAUGGACACCUCUCUAAUACAGACACCUCUCUAAUAUGGACACCUCUCUAAUACAGACACGUCUCUAAUACGGACACCUCUCUAAUACAGACACCUCUCUAAUAUGGACACCUCUCUAAUACAGACACGUCUCUAAUACGGACAUCACUCUAAUGCAGACACCUCUCAAAUACAGAUACGUCUCUAAACAGACACCCCUCGAAUACGGACACUUCUCUCUAAAACAGACAUCUCUCUAAUACAGGUAUCUCUCUAAUACAGACACCUUUUUAAUACAGGUAUCUCUCUAAUACGGACACCUCUCUAAUACAGACACCUCUCUAAUACGGACAUUACUCUAAUACAGGUAUCUCUCUAACACAGACACCUCUCUAACACGGACAGUUCUCUAAUACAGACACGUCUCUAAAACAGACACCCCUCUACUAUGGACACAUCUCUCUAAUACAGAUACCUCUCUAAAAUUGACACCUCUCUAAUAGUAUAGCUUUCUAAUACGGACAUCUCUCUCUUGUCUAUAAUGGUUGAAUCAUGAAUUUUUGUUCUCAGGUGACAAUAUUGGGUGAGACAGACAUCGGAAAAAUCGCUCCAGUUUGGGUUCGAGAUGACGCCGUUACCAUGUGCAUGUCGUGUACAACUGCCUUCACAACGCUACGAAGGCGUCACCAUUGUCGGGCGUGCGGGAAAAUUGUCUGUAGUAACUGCUCGAGCUAUAAAGCCCAGCUUGAGUACGAUGAUAAUAGGACGAACCGAGUCUGCGUGAAUUGUCAUAAAGUCCUAACGAUGGGGAGAACAAAGGAACAUAAAGGCGCCAACACGAAAAUUCGAAAGUUGGCAGAUUCUGUAUUGAGCGGCUAUCUUAAUUUCCGAAGUGACAGCACCAAGACCUGGUCAAAACGUUGGUGUAUGUUGGGCGAGGAUUUCACUCUCCAUGUUUUUAAGGCAAAGAAGGUUUGUGCAGGAUAGCUAACUAACUUUAUUUAUACUGGAUUGGUCUGUCAGUUCUAAACUGUUCUUCCUAGAGGUCCAGUAAGGAUCAUCUCUUAUUGAUCCAAUAUUACUACAGGUGGAAACCUAAACUACACUAAUUUUAUUUCUACUGGAUAGCUCUAUCAGUUCUAAAUUGUUCUUCUAGAGGUUCAGUAAGGAUUAUCUCUUAUUGAUCCAGUGUCACUACAGAAGGAAACCUAAACUAAAUUAACUGUAUUUAUACUGGAUAGCUCUAUCAGUUCUAAACUCUUCACAAUUUGUCUUUUGCAGGACGUGAAAGCUCAGACAACAAUCCCAUUGCCUGGCUAUGAGCUAAGUGAAAAUUCAGUGAGUAAUUUGACAAAUGAAAAGCGAACGCAAAGGAAAGAAAAAGCGCCAUCAAAGUGAACCCAAAUAUAAAUCUAAUCUUAAUACAAACUGAGCGCUAAUGAAAGUAAAUGUUUAUAUACGAAUGUUUACGUCGUACUGAUAUUUUCAAUAUUUUAUUUUCAGAGCGAGGAGAACGAUAAAAACGGCAAACGUGUUUUCAAAGUUUCGCAUAAAGGACUUCAUGGUUCAUUUUCGUUUGAAACAGACAACGACGAAACAUUGGAAAAGUAUGUGUUGAACUUUGUUAUGGUCAUGAUAUAACAAGAAUGUUACAAGGUUGACGACACAAGGUUGUAACAACAUUGUUAUAUCAUGAUUGUAUCGGACUUGUUGAAACAACCUUACAUCAAGUCUGAUAAUAUCAACAAGCUGUUCCAAACUUGUUGACAACUUGGGACAAGCAGUGCGAACACAACUUGUUGACGGCUUGUUGCCAGACUUGCUACAAGAUGUGAGAUUUUUGUGUGUGUGGUAUACAGUACCAUAGAAUAGAACAAAGGUAAAGCUUUAGAAUAAUCUACAUGAAUGAAUAACUUUUAUACGCAAUUCUAAUGCUUAGUUACUUUUGUUCUGUUCUAUACCUCCGUAAACAAGAACAAUAGACUCAAUAGUAACUAGGCAUGGCGUUAUAAACAACGUUGUAUACUUUCAUUCCCUUUUUUUGCGUCUAUAAGUGUAGCUAGGCCCUAUGCCAUCGAUGUAAUUGAUGCGGAAACGGGCAGACGAUUAAUGAUCACUUUUCAUUUCUUUUUACAGAUGGUCACGGCACAUCGAAUAUGCAAUUAAGGCCGAACCUUAUCCUGACCGUACCUCCGUUUCAAGCGGUCUAUCUACCCCACCGCCUAGCCCCCGGGUUGACGAGAAAAUGGCCUGAGUGGACAAUCAGAAUUUUGCUUUGUACCCAGUCGUAAACAAAUACACAACAAAUUGGGAUGAAGUUUGUACUCGUUGACGAAAACUACAAAAGGGAUUUAUGAAUUGACGCGUUUCAUCAUAGUCAAUAGAAUAAGAAGGGUAUGGAACUCGAUGUGGACAUAUUAGACAUCAUUAUCUAUGUUUUUCUCUUCGUUUUUGCAGGAAAUGGUCGGUUCAUCGGCACGUGUGUAUUGUAUUUUCGCCUAACCAACCGAUAACAGUGUGUUUGUUAAAUUACUCAGUCGUGAUAUUACACAGGGUUCGUAGCGGUCUUUGAAAUCCUUGAAAGUCUUUAAAUUUGAGUGCAGGUCGUUAAGGUCUUUGAAAAGUCUUUGAAUUGUGUGAAAAGGCGAAGAAAGUCUUUAAAUUCUUUGGUGAGUAUUUGAUUAUACGAUUUCCUAGCUAAUAAAAUAGAUUGAUUGAAGCAAGAUUUUCGCAAAUAUCGACGAAAAGGCGCAUUUUAGGAUGUGAUUUGACGGGACUAAUUACCGGGUAAAAAUGCUACUUACACUCGCAAUUUUUCGACAGCUGAUUGCUGUCAAAGGUCUUUGAGAAGUCUUUCAAAAUAGGCAGAAAAAGUCUUUGAAAGUCUUUGAUUUUUUUUGGUCUUGGAGACUACGAACCCUGUCACACAAUGGUUAAAUGAGAACAUGGCUAUUGGUUGCAGUUUAGCGAAAAUACAAUACACAUGUGACGAUGAACUGAUAAUAUCUUGCUUAAAGCAAGACAAAAACAUAAAUAAUGAGGUUUAUUAUGUCUGCAUCGAGUUUCCUAACUUUCUUAUUCUAUUAACUGUGGUUUCACUAAGCACUAUCGUGCAGUAGGUGGUGGUCAACCUGGCAAAUAAAUAGAUAUAGACUCAAUUUUGAUCACUAGCAAGAAGAACGAAAUGCAACACCACAGCUAGAAAGAGCGUCUUAGAAUGAGUAAAACUGCAAAGAUUGGUUGCUAAAUGUUGUAAGAUGAAGAAUAUAUAGCCCUGUGAUGUUCGCAAAUUUUGUAUAUAUUUGUAUUAUACAAAAUUUGCGAACUUCACAGGGCUAUAUUUUCUUCAUUUUACAACAACUCGCAACCAAACUUUGAGCAAAAGCUCGUUUUAAGAUGCUCUUUCCAGCUAUGGAUCAUCCAUUGACAAAUGUAGUCUUGCUUCUAAAAAUGUGAACAUUUUUUUAAGUUAAACACCAUCUGCUGUCCUUUAGAGCUUAUUGAAACCAUCCGGGAUUGGUACAUUCUGUUACCAGACAAGUUUUAAAGGUGGACACCAAACCUGGAAAGAAGUGAGAUCCUGGAUGCUUAGGAACAUUCCCCUUCCAUUUUUCACACAUUCGUUAUGGGAGAAUUUUGCAUAAUGUGCAGUCGCGCUUUUGAGGAACUUUUGAAUAAGAUAAACAUUUUUUCCAGGUCUGGUCAGGACGGUCGAGAAAAUAAUAAACUUCG